GAAAUAAGUCGUUGACACUUCCUUUCGUGGCCGAGUUGGCAGAUAACAAAAGUGGCACAAGGACGAUUAAAGUGAACAUGGCCCCCAGCAUGCAGUUGAACGAUGCAGUGUCCGACGUAAAAAAGGGAAUUCGGGCAAUCCUUCUCGGACCCCCUGGUGCUGGGAAAGGAACACAGGCUCCUCGGUUGGCAGAGCAGUACUGUGUGUGUCAUCUGGCCACGGGGGACAUGCUGAGGGCCAUGGUGGCCUCUGGCUCUGAGCUCGGCAAGAGGCUCAAGGAGACCAUGGAUGCCGGGAAACUGGUCAGUGACGAGAUGGUGGUAGAACUCAUAGAAAAUAACCUGGAUACGCCUCCCUGUAAGAAGGGGUUCCUAUUGGAUGGAUUCCCCCGCACAGUGAAACAAGCAGAGAUGCUGGAUGACUUGCUGGAGAAGCGCACAGAGAAGCUGGAUUCUGUGAUUGAGUUCUCCGUCGAUGACUCCCUACUGGUGCGCAGGAUCUGUGGCAGACUAAUUCACCAGCCCAGUGGUCGCUCCUACCACGAGGAGUUCAAUCCACCCAAAGAGCCCAUGAAGGAUGAUGUGACAGGGCAGCCGCUGAUGCGCCGCAGUGACGACAACGCGUCGACGCUGCGCUCGCGGCUGGAGGCCUACCACCAGCAGACUGUGCCCUUAGUCAAGUACUACAGCGCCCGCGGCCUGCACAAGGCCGUCGACGCCGCCCAGUCCCCCGACGUAGUCUUCGCCUCCAUCCUCGCCGCCUUCUCCUCGGCCACAGCCGCCCCCUGUAAAGACCUGGUGCUCUUCGUCUAAGCUCCCUUCCACUUCAGUCGCUUCUUCACUCUCAGGACUCUGCUGUUUGAAUCCUGGCAAUGGAAGCAAGCGGAGGAAGGAGGAAAUGUUGUACUGUAGCACUUAAUUUUGAGAUGUAUCUGGAGGAUGAGUGAGCAUAAUGCAGUGCAAUCUACUAGUAAUUAGUGAAGCCAUCUUGGAAGUGACUGAUUGUUUCCCUUCUAAUAAAAAGAUUAUUUUCUACAAUCAUG